CUGAACUCGAGAUAACUGAAAAGAUCAUUGUCUCGUAUAGGACGAACAGCGGAGUAUAUCAUACAGGCAUUGAGUCUACACACCGCAAAGGCGGCCAAAAAAGUAUCCACCUGUGUCGUGUCUAGAAGCCGAGGUUCACCGCAUCUAAAACGCUUGAGCCUCACAUGGUAGUCGCAUGCAGGCUUCCGUUUCAAACUUCUUUGCUGCUUUGAAAUCAAUUGCACUUUGGUAUAGAUAUACACUGCCCUGUCCCAUUCCCUAGGUUUUCAUUGACACACCAAGUCACCAAAAUCCACCGUCAACCAACACAAACACACACAAUGCCUGGACAACAAGCAAACCAAUGGGUUCUAUCGAACCCUCCCCAUGCCGACCCUGUUCUUGAGGGCGCCAAUGCUACUUUCAAGCUCGAGAACGUCACACUCCCUGAGGUUGGCGCCGACCAGGUCCUUGUCAAAACCCUCUACCUCUCAAACGACCCUGCACAGCGUGGAUGGAUCCAGAAGGGCAUGGACCCGGAGCGUCUCUACGUUCCUCCUGUCAAGAAGGGCGAGGUCAUGCGCUCAUACGCCAUUGGUGAGGUCGUCGAGUCGAACGUCGACAGCUUGAAGAAGGGCACACUCGUUACCGGCUCGCUGGGCUGGACAGACUACGCUGUCGUCAAGGCAAACGAGGUCCGUGCCGUUGCUGCUGACGAGAAGGCUGGCAUUCGUGUUACAAAUUACAUUGGCUCCCUCGGUGGCCCCGGUCUCACAGCAUAUUACGGCAUCACCGACAUCGCGCGCGCGACAAAAGACGAUACUGUUGUCGUUUCUGGUGCUGCAGGUGCUACUGGCAGCAUGGUCGUUCAGAUCGCCAAGCACUUGAUUGGCUGCAAGAAGGUCAUUGGUAUCGCUGGCGGUGAGAAAAAGUGCAAGUGGGUCGAGAGCCUGGGUGCUGAUGUCUGUGUGGACUACAAGGCCGCUUCCUUCAAGGAGGACCUCAAAAAGGCCACUGAAGGCUACGUCGAGGUCUACUUCGACAACGUCGGCGGCGAGAUUCUCGACCUCAUGCUCUCGCGCAUCAAGCGCUUUGGUCGCGUCGCUGCGUGCGGUGCUAUUUCGACGUACAACGACCCCAACGCUGGUGUUAAGAACUGGUUCGAGAUCAUUGCGAACAGGAUCGAGGUUAGGGGUUUCAUUGUCAUUGAUGCGAUGACCUCGGGCAAGGUUGGAAACAUGCUUGGGGCUAUUACUCAGGGCAUCAAGGAUGGCAAGAUCAAGAUCGAUCCUGAGAGCGAGACUGUUGUGCCUACUAAGUUCGAGGAUGCUCCCAAGACAUGGAUGACAUUGUUCUCGGGAGGCAAUCAGGGCAAGCUUGUUACUGAGAUCAAGGCGUAAGCCGUUGACUCUAGCAAGAAUGAAUGAAAGAAAUUUGACAGUUG